CAUGUUGACGUGUCAUUUGUUGUAAACACCCCACUGCUCAUUCAGGGGAUCAUGGUAGAUGUGAAAGCAUGAAGCUUUGGCAUCUUUGGUUAUGUUUUGAUUGCAGACGGAGACAGCAGCUGUAAUUAAAAAAGGAACCAUGGAUUGGAAAAUUAAAACUUGAAGUUGUCUCCACAGAAUGUUCAAAAUCUUCCCAUUGACAUACAAACCAGCAAACUCCUCGAUUGGCUGGUGGACCGACGGCAUUGCAACCUAAAGUGGCAAAGUGCAGUGCUGGCCAUUCGGGAGAAGAUCAAUGCUGCCAUCCAGGAUAUGCCUGAAAAUGAGGAGAUCAAACAGCUGCUCUCUGGAUCCUACAUCCACUAUUUUCACUGCCAACGGAUCGUCGAAAUUCUCAAAGGGACAGAGGCCUCCUCAAAGAAUAUAUUCGGCAGAUAUUCCUCCCAGAGGAUGAAGGACUGGCAAGAAAUAGUGACCCUGUAUGAAAAGGACAAUAAUUACCUUGCGGAGGUGGCCAGCCUGCUGGUGCGCAGUGUGAGCUACGAGGGCCCCUCUAUGCGCCGGCAGGUGGCCAAGGCUAAGCAGCUGCAGCAGGAGCUCAGCCGACGGGAACUGGAGUGCCAGAGCGGGGCCGCCGACAUGAGGGAGAGAUUCUACGCUUCCUGCAAGCAGUACGGCAUCACGGGCGAGAAUGUGGCGCGGGAGCUGCAGGCCCUGGUGAAGGACCUGCCCUCAGUGCUGGAGCAGCUGGGAAAGGAGGCAGCUUGUCUGGAGGAACCAAUCCAGCUCUACAGCGCCUUCACGUGCUUCGUCUGCGAGUGGUCUGAGCCCGUAGUGCCCAUGUUGACCUUCGUCCAGCAGAGAGGGAACACGACUGUUUAUGAAUGGCGCACGGGCAGCCCGCCCUCUGUCACCGAAAGGCCCAAAGUGGAAGAGGCACCCCCGGACACCGUCACAGAGGAAAUGAUUGACUGGGGUGAACUGGGCACUGCUGAGGGAGCAGGGGAUUUUGGGAUUUCCGUGGAGGACGGGGUCAACUGGGGCAUCAGUUUGGAGCCUAGCACAGAGGAGACUGGUUCAGAUGGCAUUGACUGGGGUGCAGGUGAUGCAGCUCCAGUGGAGAUUGAAGUUGUGGAUAUGGGCACAGACUGCCCUGAAGGCGUGGCCAGAGGAGAGGACGCCCUCUCUCUGCUGGAGAAUCCAAAGACACGCGGCCAGUUCAUCGAUGAACUCAUGGAGCUGGAGCUGUUCCUGUGCCAGCGGCUGAACGAGAUGGCCGAAGAGGCGGACGUGGUGGCCAUGAGCCAGUUCCAGCUGGCGCCCGCCGUCAUCCAGGCUCAGACCAGGGAGCGGGUGGAGGGCACCCUGGGGGCGCUGCGCUCCCUGCUGCAGCGGCUGACCAACGUGCGCAUGCAGCACCUCUUCAUGAUCCAGGCCUCGCCACGGUACGUGGAGCGUGUGUCGGAGGUCCUGAGGCAGAAGCUAAAGCAGGCAGACAUCCUGCUUCUGAAACGGGGCACUCUGGCAGAGCAGAGGCAGGAAGCUCUGGAGGAACAGGGCAAGCUGGAGCCCCGCAUCGACCUGCUGGCUGCCCGCACCCGGGAGCUGCAGAAACUGAUCGAAGCAGACAUCUCGAAGCGCUACAACAACAGGCCGGUCAACUUGAUGGGUGUCAUUGUGUGAUCGCAAGGAUACCUUCAUACGCGCAACCAUUCUUUCUCCGUCAUCAAUAAAUUAUUGUCACUUUGAAGUAAA